GCGAAAGCUUUUCAGACUAAAGCUCAAAAAUCAAAGUCGCUUAUGAAUUUGCAGUUGUGCCACAACAAAACUGACAGUAUAGAUAUCUUUCAUUCAAUAUCGAAAUUGAACACAACACCCGUCGAGGCAUAAUCGUACCCGCAUAAUCAACAGAUGCACCUAAUAAUAUACAUUUAAAACGGCGACUUCAUCUGUUCACCCCCUGUAAGAAGCAGUUGCAUAUCUGGCAUAGGCUGCCUGUCGCCUGUGUUGAGACUUUAGUUGUCAAAAUUCUCAAACAUUUCAAUAUGAAAAUUAAACUCAAAGUAGCAUAAGUAGUCUAACCUCGCAAUUGUUAUCAACAUGGAUUAUUUGGGUGAAUUCAUUGCCUUGGGCAUUGAUAGUAUAAUAUUUGGUAUUUGUAUGAAGCAAUACUUUUACUGUAAAAAUUCGAUCAGCGCUGUAAAGGGUGCUGAAUUUUAUGAAGUGGGUGAUAAUUUAAAAGAAUUAGUCGAAAAUAGUCCAGAAAACAAAAUUGAUUAUGUAGCAAUAAGAGGAGCGGUAAAGCCUCUUGGUGAACCACUUCGUAGCAUCAACAACAAAGAUAUCUCUGGUGUCAUUCAAAAACUCAGCGUUAAAGAACAUGUUGUUGUUAGAACUACAUCAGGCUAUUGGUCUGAUCAAGAGCAUACAAUGCAAGAAAUUUAUAACACUGUACCAUUCAUACUUCAAAAAGGACGUGAUCAAGUUGAAGUAGUAGAUGCAAUGGCUGCUGAUAUCUUAGACCUCGAAACUAUUUCUGAUUUUUUUGAACCAUCUGCCCCUACUUUUGUAGAUUAUUUAUGGGGAUUUUUUACUGGGCAUAGACAACGAGGUUUACAAUCAACAGAAGAAAUGUUGAGAGAAGGAUCAAUUAUUACUGGAAUAGGUGAAUUAUCACAAUCAUCUUCGAAACCAGAUUCAUUAGUUUUACAACCUCCAAUGAAUGGAACACCAUAUUACCUAACAACUAUGUCUAUUAGUUCUUUACUCAGAAAAUUAGAUGAUAGAAGAAAAAUUUAUAGAUGGUUAUGUUUUAUGUUUGGUGCUAUUGGGUUGUUCAUUGGUGGUAUGGUGUUGAGACGUUACUUAAAAGAUAAAGAAGAACAAAGGUUGGCUAAUGAAUUGAAAAAAUCACUAGAAGAAUCACGAAAAGAAAGGAGACAAAGAGUACGAGAUAAAGAUCUUCGUGAUGAUCAAAUAUGCGUCGUUUGUCGCACAAAUCCUCGUGAAAUAAUCUUAUUACCUUGUGGGCAUGUCUGUCUAUGUGAAGACUGUUCUAUUGAUAUAACUACAGACUGCCCAUUAUGUAGAUCUAGUAUCACUCAUAAAAAUGCUGCAUACAUAGCUUGA